AUGGGACCAUCCCUCCUGCCCUCUCCCUGCCAGCACCAAUCAGAACCCCCCCCACAGCCCAGCCUGGGGGAGCUCUCGGCCUCCGGCGUCACCCACGACUCCGCGCUGCUCUCCUGGACCGUCCAGGCCGGGGAAUUCGACUCCUUCCUCCUCCAGUACAAGGACGCGGAGGGCAAACCCCAGGCGCUGCCCGUGGACGGGGGAUCCCGCACGGUCACCGUCGCCAACCUGGCCCCUCCCGCCGAUACAAGUUCAACCUCUACGGCAUCUCCGGCCGCAAGCCGCCUCGGCCCCGUCUCCACCGACGCCGUCCACACCGCGGUGCCACGGGAGGAGGAACCCGCCCCCCAGCCCAGCCUGGGGGAGCUCUCGGCCUCCAGUGUCACCCACGACUCCGCCCUGCUCUCCUGGACCGUCCAGUCCGGGGACUUCAACUCCUUCCUCCUCCAGUACAAGGACGCGGAGGGCAACCCCCAGGCGCUGCCCAUGGAUGGGGGAUCUCGCACCGUCACCGUCGCCAACCUGGCCCCUUCCCGCCGAUACAAGUUCAACCUCUACGGCAUCUCCGGCCGCAAGCGCCUCGGCCCCGUCUCCACCGACACCGUCACAGCCGCGGUGCCACGGGAGGAGGAACCCGCCCCCCAGCCCAGCCUGGGGGAGCUCUUGGCCUCCGACAUCACCCACGACUCCGCCCUGCUCUCCUGGACCGUCCAGUCCGGGGACUUCGAUUCCUUCCUCCUCCAGUACAAGGAUGCGGAGGACCCCGAGGCGCUGCCCGUGGACGGGGGAUCCCGCACCGUCACCGUCGCCAACCUGGCCCCCUCCCGCCGAUACAAGUUCAACCUCUACGGCAUCUCCGGCCGCAAGCGCCUCGGCCCCGUCUCCACCGACGCCGUCACAGCCGCGGCGCCGCGGGAGGAGGAACCCGCCUCCGAGCCGAGCCUGGGGGAGCUCUCGGCCUCCGACGUCACCCACGACUCCAUCCUGCUCUCCUGGACCGUCCAGGCCGGGGACUUCGACUCCUUCCUCCUGCAGUACAAGGACGCAGAGGGCAAACCCCAGGCGCUGCCCAUGGAUGGGGGAUCUCGCACCGUCACCGUCGCCAACCUGGCCCCCUCCCGCCGAUACAAGUUCAAACUCUACGGCAUCUCCGGCCGCAAGCGCCUCGGCCCCGUCUCCACCGACGCCGUCACAGCCGCGGCGCCGCGGGAGGAGGAACCCGCCCCCCAGCCCAGCCUGGGGGAGCUCUCGGCCUCCGACGUCACCCACGACUCCGCCCUGCUCUCCUGGACCGUGGAGGAGGGGACCUUCGACUCCUUCCUCCUCCAGUACAAGGACGCGGAGGGCAAACCCCAGGCGCUGCCCGUGGACGGGGGAUCCCACACGGUCACUGUCGCCAAGCUGGCCCCCUCCCGCCGAUACAAGUUCAACCUCUACGGCAUCUCCGGCCGCAAGCGCCUCGGCCCCGUCUCCACCGACACCGUCACAGCCGCAGCGCCGCGAGAGGAGGAACCCGCCCCCCAGCCCAGCCUGGGGGAGCUCUCGGCCUCCGACGUCACCCAUGACUCCGCCCUGCUCUCCUGGACCGUCCAGGCCGGGGACUUCGACUCCUUCCUCCUCCAGUACAAGGACGCGGAGGGCAACCCCCAGGCGCUGCCCGUGGACGGGGGAUCCCGCACGGUCACCGUCACCAAGCUGGCCCCCUCCCGCCGAUACAAGUUCAACCUCUACGGCAUCUCCGGCCGCAAGCGCCUCGGCCCCAUCUCCACCGACACCGUCACAGCCACGGCGCCGCGGGAGGAGGAACCCGCCCCCCAGCCCAGCCUGGGGGAGCUCUCGGCCUCCGACGUCACCCACGACUCCGCCCUGCUCUCCUGGACCGUCCAGGCCGGGGACUUCGACUCCUUCCUCCUCCAGUACAAGGACGCGGAGGGCAAACCCCAGGCACUGCCCGUGGAUGGGGGAUCCCGCACAGUCACCGUAACGAACCUGGCCCCUUCCCGCCGAUACAAGUUCAACCUCUACGGCAUCUCCGGCCGCAAGCGCCUCGGCCCCGUCUCCACCGACGCCGUCACAGCCGCGGCGCCGCGGGAGGAGGAACCUGCCCCCCGGCCCAGCCUGGGGGAGCUCUCAGCCUCUGACGUCACCCACGACUCCGCCCUGCUCUCCUGGACCGUGGAGGAGGGGACCUUCGACUCCUUCCUCCUCCAGUACAAGGACGCGGAGGGCAAACCUCAGGCGCUGCCUGUGGACGGGGGAUCCCGCACGGUCACCGUCACCAACCUGGCCCCCUCCCGCCGAUACAAGUUCAACCUCUACGGCAUCUCCGGCCGCAAGCGCCUCGGCCCCGUCUCCACCGACGCCGUCACAGCCGCAGCACCGCGGAAGGAGGAACCCGCCCCCCAGCCCAGCCUGGGGGAGCUCUCAGCCUCCGGUGUCACCCACGACUCCAUCCUGCUCUCCUGGACCGUCCAGGCCGGGGACUUUGACUCCUUCCUCCUCCAGUACAAGGACGCGGAGGGCAACCCCCAGGCGCUGCCCGUGGACGGGGGAUCCCGCACGGUCACUGUCGCCGACCUGGCCCCCUCCCGCCGAUACAAGUUCAACCUCUACGGCAUCUCCGGCCGCAAGCGCCUCGGCCCCAUCUCCACCGACGCCGUCACAGCCGCGGCGCCGCGGGAGGAGGAACCCGCCCCCCAGCCCAGCCUGGGGGAGCUCUCGGCCUCCAACAUCACCCACGACUCCGCCCUGCUCUCCUGGACUGUGGAGGGGACCUUUGACUCCUUCCUCCUCCAGUACAAGGACACGGAGGGCAAACCCCAGGCGCUGCCCAUGGACGGGGCAUCCCGCACUGUCACUGUCGCUAACCUGACACCUUCCCGCCAAUACAAGUUCAACCUCUACGGCAUCUCCGGCCGCAAGCGCCUCGGCCCCGUCUCCACCGACGCCGUCACAGCGCCGCGGGAGGAGGAACCCGCCCCCCAGCCCAGCCUGGGGGAGCUCUCAGCCUCCGACGUCACCCACGACUCCGCCCUGCUCUCCUGGACUGUCCAGGCCGGGGACUUCGACUCCUUCCUCCUCCAGUACAAGGACGCGGAGGGCAAACCCCAGGCACUGCCCGUGGACGGGGGAUCCCGCACGGUCACCGUCACCAACCUGGCCCCUUCCCGCCGAUACAAGUUCAACCUCUACGGCAUCUCCGGCCGCAAGCGCCUCGGCCCCGUCUCCACCGACGCUGUCACAGCCGUGACUGGGGAGGAAGAACCCGCCCCCCAGCCCAGCCUGGGGGAGCUCUCAGCCUCUGACGUCACCCACGACUCCAUCCUGCUCUCCUGGACUGUAGAGGGGACCUUCGACUCCUUCCUCCUCCAGUACAAGGACGCGGAGGGCAAACCCCAGGCAUUGCCUGUGGACGGGGGAUCCCGCACGGUCACCGUCGCCAACCUGGCCCCCUCCCGCCGAUACAAGUUCAACCUCUACGGCAUCUCCGGCCGCAAGCGCCUCGGCCCCGUCUCCACCGACACCGUCACAGCCGCGGCGCCGCGGGAGGAGGAACCUGCCCCCCAGCCCAGCCUGGGGGAGCUCUCGGCCUCCAACGUCACCCACGACUCUGCCCUGCUCUCCUGGACCGUCCAGGCCGGGACCUUCGACUCCUUCCUCCUCCAGUACCGGGACACGGAGGGCAACCCCCAGGUGCUGCCCGUGGACGGGGGAUCCCGCACGGUCACCGUCGCCAACCUGGCCCCCUCCCACCGAUACAAGUUCAACCUCUACGGCAUCUCCGGCCGCAAGCGCCUCGGCCCCGUCUCCACCGACGCAGUCACAGCCGCGGCACCACGGGAGGAAGAACAGGCCCCCCAACCCAGCCUGGGGGAGCUCUCGGCCUCCGACGUCACCCACGACUCCGCCCUGCUGUCCUGGACCGUCGAGGCCGGGGACUUCGACUCCUUCCUCCUCCAGUACAAGGACGCGGAGGGCAACCCCCAGGCGCUGCCCGUGGACGGGGGAUCCCGCACGGUCACCGUCGCCAACCUGGCCCCCUCCCACCGAUACAAGUUCAACCUCUAUGGCAUCUCCGGCCGCAAGCGCCUCGGCCCCGUCUCCACCGAUGCCGUCACAGCCACGGCGCCGCGGAAGGAGGGAGUCGGGACGCAGCUCCGCCUGGGGGAGCUCUCGGUGGCCAAUGCAGCCCACAACUCCCUCGACCUCUCCUGGACCGUGGAGGAGGGGACCUUCGACUCCUUCAUCCUCCAGUACCGGGAUGCAGAGGGCAACCCCCGGGCGCUGCCCGUGGACGGUGCCCUGCGCUCCCUCCACCUCCAUGACCUGGCCCCCUCCCGCAGAUACAAGUUCAACCUCUACGGCGUCUCCGGCCGCAAGCGCCUCGGCCCCGUCUCCACCGACGCCGUCACAGCCGCGGCGCCGCGGGAGGAGGAACCCGCCCCCGAGCCGAGCCUGGGGGGGCUCUCGGCCUCCAACGUCACCCACGACUCCGCCCUGCUCUCCUGGACCGUCCAGGCUGGGACCUUCGACUCCUUCGUCCUCCAGUACAAGGACACGGAGGGCAACCCCCAGGCGCUGCCCGUGGAUGGGGGAUCCCGCACAAUCACUGUCGCCAACCUGGCCCCUUCCCGCCGAUACAAGUUCAACCUCUACGGUGUCUCCGGCCGCAAGCGCCUUGGCCCCAUCUCCACCGACGCCGUCACAGCCGCGGCGCCGCGAGAGGAGGAACCUGCCCCCCAGCCCAGCCUGGGGGAGCUCUCGGCCUCCGACGUCACCCACGACUCCGCCCUGCUCUCCUGGACCGUCCAGGCCGGGGACUUCGACUCCUUCCUCCUCCAAUACAAGGACGCGAAGGGCAAACCCCAGGCGCUGCCCGUGGAUGGGGGAUCCCGCACGGUCACCGUCACCAACCUGGCCCCAUCCCGCCGAUACAAGUUCAACCUCUACGGCAUCUCCGGCCGCAAGCGCCUCGGCGCCGUCUCCACCGACGCCGUCACAGCCGCGGCGCCGCAGGAGGAGGAACCCGCCCCCCGGCCCAGCCUGGGGGAGCUCUCAGCCUCCGACGUCACCCACGACUCCAUCCCGCUCUCCUGGACCGUGGAGGAGGGGACCUUCGACUCCUUCCUCCUCCAGUACAAGGACGCGGAGGGCAACCCCCAGGCGCUGCCCAUGGACGGGGGAUCCCGCAUGGUCACCGUCGCCAACCUGUCCCCCUCCCGCCGAUACAAGUUCAACCUCUAUGGCAUCUCCGGCCGCAAGCGCCUCGGCCCCGUCUCCACCGACGCCGUCACAGCCGCGGCGCCACGGGAGGAGGAAACUGCCCCCCAGCCCAGCCUGGGGGAGCUCUCGGCCUCCGACGUCACCCACGACUCCACCCUGCUCUCCUGGACCGUGGAGGUGGGGACCUUCGACUCCUUCCUCCUCCAGUACAAGGACGCGGAGGGAAAACCCCAGGCGCUGCCCGUGGACGGGGGAUCCCGCACGGUCACCGUCGCCAACCUGGCCCCCUCCCGCCGAUACAAGUUCAACCUCUACGGCAUCUCCGGCCGCAAGCGCCUCGGCCCCGUCUCCACCGACGCCGUCACAGCCGCGGCGCCACGAGAGGAGGAACCCGCCCCCCAGCCCAGCCUGGGGGAGCUCUCGGCCUCCGACGUCACCCACGACUCCACCCUGCUCUCCUGGACCGUGGAGGAGGGGACCUUCGACUCCUUCCUCCUCCAGUACAAGGACACGAAGGGCAAACCCCAGGCACUGCCCGUGGACGGGGGAUCCCGCACAGUCACCGUAACGAACCUGGCCCCCUCCCGCCGAUACAAGUUCAACCUCUACGGCGUCUCCGGCCGCAAGCGCCUCGGCCCCGUCUCCACCGACGCAGUCACAGCCGAGGCGCCGCGGGAGGAGGAACCCGCCCCCCAGCCCAGCCUGGGGGAGCUCUCGGCCUCCGACGUCACCCACGACUCCGCCCUGCUCUCCUGGACCGUGGAGGAGGGGACCUUCGACUCCUUCCUCCUCCAGUACAAGGACGCGGAGGGAAAACCCCAGGCGCUGCCCGUGGAUGGGGGAUCCCGCACGGUCACCGUCGCCAACCUGGCCCCCUCCCGCCGAUACAAGUUCAACCUCUACGGCAUCUCCGGCCGCAAGCGCCUCGGCCCCGUCUCCACCGACGCCGUCACAGCCGCGGCGCCACGAGAGGAGGAACCCGCCCCCCAGCCCAGCCUGGGGGAGCUCUCGGCCUCCGACGUCACCCACGACUCCACCCUGCUCUCCUGGACCGUGGAGGAGGGGACCUUCGACUCCUUCCUCCUCCAGUAUAAGGACACGAAGGGCAAACCCCAGGCACUGCCCGUGGACGGGGGAUCCCGCACAGUCACCGUAACGAACCUGGCCCCCUCCCGCCGAUACAAGUUCAACCUCUACGGCGUCUCCGGCCGCAAGCGCCUCGGCCCCGUCUCCACCGACACCGUCACAGCUGCGGGGCCACGGGAGGAGGAACCCGCCCCCCAGCCCAGCCUGGGGGAGCUCUCGGCCUCCGACGUCACCCACAACUCCGCCCUGCUCUCCUGGACCGUGGAGGGGACCUUCGACUCCUUCCUCCUCCAGUACAAGGACGCGGAGGGCAACCCCGAGGCGCUGCCCGUGGACGGGGGAUCCCGCACGGUCACGGUCACCAACCUGGCCCCCUCCCGCCGAUACAAGUUCAACCUCUACGGCAUCUCCGGCCGCAAGCGCCUCGGCCCCGUCUCCACUGACGCCGUCACAGCACCACGGGAAGAGGAACCUGCCCCCCAGCCCAGCCUGGGGGAGCUCUCGGCCUCCGACGUCACCCACGACUCCGCCCUGCUCUCCUGGACCGUCCAGGCCAGGGAAUUCGACUCCUUCCUCCUCCAGUACAAGGACGCGGAGGGCAACCCCCAGGCGCUGCCCGUGGAUGGGGGAUCUCGCACCGUCACCGUCGCCAACCUGGCCCCUUCCCGCCGAUACAAGUUCAACCUCUACGGCAUCUCCGGCCGCAAGCGCCUCGGCCCCGUCUCCACCGACGCCGUCACAGCCGCGGCGCCGCGGGAGGAGGAACCUGCCCCCCAGCCCAGCCUGGGGGAGCUCUCGGCCUCCGACGUCACCCACGACUCCGCACUGCUCUCCUGGACCGUCCAGGCCGGGACCUUCGACUCCUUCCUCCUCCAGUACAAGGACGCGGAGGGCAAACCCCAGGCGCUGCCCAUGGACGGGGCAUCCCGCACGGUCACCGUCGCCAACCUGGCCCCCUCCCGCCGGUACAAGUUCAACCUCUACGGCAUCUCCGGCCGCAAGCGCCUCGGCCCCGUCUCCACCGACGCCGUCACAGCCGCGGCGCCGCGGGAGGAGGAACCCGCCCCCCGGCCCAGCCUGGGGGAGCUCUCGGCCUCCAACGUCACCCACGACUCCGUGCUGCUCUCCUGGACCGUCCAGGCCGGGGACUUCGACUCCUUCCUCCUCCAGUACAAGGACGCGGAGGGCAACCCCCAGGCGCUGCCCGUGGACGGGGGAUCCCGCACGGUCACCGUCACCAACCUGGCCCCCUCCCGCCGCUACAAGUUCAACCUCUACGGCAUCUCCGGCCGCAAGCGCCUCGGCCCCGUCUCCACCGACGCCGUCACAGCCACGGCGCCGCGGGAGGAGGAACCCGCCCCCCAGCCCAGCCUGGGGGAGCUCUCGGCCUCCGAUGUCACCCAUGACUCCGCGCUGCUCUCCUGGACCGUCCAGGCCGGGACCUUCGACUCCUUCCUCCUCCAGUACAAGGACGCGGAGGGCAAUCCCCAGGCGCUGCCCGUGGACGGGGGAUCCCGCACCGUCACCGUCGCCAACCUGGCCCCCUCCCGCCGAUACAAGUUCAACCUCUACGGCAUCUCCGGCCGCAAGCGCCUCGGCCCUGUCUCCACCGACACCGUCACAGCCGCGGCACCGCGGGAGGAGGAACCCGCCCCCCAGCCCAGCCUGGGGGAGCUUUUGGCCUCCGACGUCACCCACGACUCCAUCCUGCUCUCCUGGACCGUCCAGGCCGGGGACUUCGACUCCUUCCUCCUCCAGUACAAGGACGCGGAGGGCAAACCCCAGGCGCUGCCCGUGGACGGGGCAUCCCGCACGGUCACUGUCGCCAACCUGGCCCCCUCCCGCCGAUACAAGUUCAACCUCUAUGGCAUCUCCGGCCGCAAGCGCCUCGGCCCCGUCUCCACCGACGCCGUCACAGCCGCGGCGCCGCGGGAGGAGGAACCCGCCCCCCGGCCCAGCCUGGGGGAGCUCUCGGCCUCCGACGUCACCCACGACUCCGCCCUGCUCUCCUGGACCGUCCAGGCCGGGGACUUCGACUCCUUCCUCCUCCAGUACCGGGACGCGGAGGGCAAACCCCAGGCGCUGCCCGUGGACGGGGGAUCCCGCACCGUCACCGUCGCCAGCCUGGCCCCCUCCCGCCGAUACAAGUUCAACCUCUACGGCAUCUCCGGCCGCAAGCGCCUCGGCCCCAUCUCCACCGACGCCGUCACAGCCGCGGCGCCGCAGGAGGAGGAACCUGCCCCCCAGCCCAGCCUGGGGGAGCUCUCGGCCUCCGACGUCACCCACGACUCCGCCCUGCUCUCCUGGACCGUGGAGGGGACCUUCGACUCCUUCCUCCUCCAGUACAAGGACGCGAAGGGCAAACCCCAGGCGCUGCCCGUGGACGGGGGAUCCCGCACGGUCACCGUCACCAACCUGGCCCCCUCCCGCCGAUACAAGUUCAACCUCUACGGCAUCUCCGGCCGCAAGCGCCUCGGCCCCGUCUCCACCGACGCCGUCACAGGUCAGCGGCUGCCGGGAGGAGGAGAAAGAGAAGAGGGUGAUCCAAAGCCACCAUCAAUGGAAAGAUCCCCAUUGACACCCAUCCAACCCCAGAUGCUCCUCCAUCCAUUUCCCCAUCACCAUACGCACCCGUCCCUCCAUCACCAUACGCACCCAUCCCUCCAUCCAUCCAUCCAUUCAUCACUACACCAUACGUCCAUCCAUCCACGCAUUUAUCACCUUACCCACCAGUCUUUCCUGCUGACAAUGUGA